AUGUUUUUUUUAAGACACCCAAGAGAUGAAUAUGAUGAAGAAUUUUUAGGUCCUAAUUUUUUGCAAUUUUAUGAUAAAAAUUAUUAUAGAAAAGAUAUAAUUAUAAAGAAUAGAAGAGGAGAGAAAUUAAGAUGUUGCUAUUUUACUCCUUUUAAUUAUAAUGAAAAUACUCCUUGUGUUAUCUAUACACAUUCAACAAGUAGCUGCCAACUAGAAACAUUAGAUAUAUUACACAUUUUACUAGCAUGUGAUUGCUCUAUUUUUUCUUAUGAUUGUGCUGGUUGUGGGUUAUCUGAUGGAUUUUAUUCAACAAAAGGUUGGAAUGAAUCACAAGAUUUAUUUUUAAUUUUAAAUCAUCUAAGAAAUAUCGAAAAAAUUAAAAAUUUUGUCCUUUGGGGGAAAUAUUCCGGUGCAGUAAGUUCAAUAAUAACAGCGGCUCUGGAUGGGAAUAUCAAAUUACUAAUUUUAGAUUCCCCAUAUGUAUCAUUGACAGAGUUAUAUAAGACGACUUUUCAUUUAAACGCCAAAAGAAAAAGGGAAGUUAUUUUUAAAAAUAUUUGUCUAUAUUUUGCUAGAAAAAAAAUUAAAAAAAAAUUUCAUUAUGAUAUAAAUAAUGUAUGCCCUAUAUUUUUUAUUGAAAACAUUACUAUACCGACAAUAUACAUAAUUUCGAAAAAUGAUAAGAUUGUACAUCCAGUACAUUCUUUAUAUUUAGCUUACAAACAAAAUAAAGCAAAUAAAACAAUUUAUAUUUCUGAAAAAACAGUACAAUCCUAUGAAUCUUUUUCGUAUGAAAAUAAAUUGACUGUAGCUAUUAAAUAUGUUUUGUAUGGUUCUGCUUCUAAAUCAGGCAUAAAAAUUUUUGAUAUAUCUGAAUAUUAUAAAUUAUUUAAUGCAUUAAAAAAUAAAUACUCUUAUGAAUUUAAUUUUAUUGAUAAACUGAUAAUUAAAAAACAAAAACAAAAAAGUAAAAUUAUUAAUAAUGUUAAAAAAUUUAUUUGUUUUAAAUACAAAACUCAAUCCUCUCUUAAUUCAUCCAACUGUUUAUAUCAAUCUACUUUAUGCUCUAUGCGUGAUACGAAUCCAAAUGAAAAUGAAUAUAUGCAAUAUGAGUCAAUAGACGAUAUGAAAUAUGGAAAUUAUAAAAAUGAUAAGUAUAUUGAAACCGGAAUAAUAAAUAAAUAUGAAGGUUUAUUUUCGGAUGUUGAGAAUAUUAUAAAUGAAUCUAAUGAAACAAACUUUUUAAAAAGUAAUGAUAGUGAGAACUUAAAUAAGUUUAAUCAAACAUAUAAACAAAUUGAUGGAAAAAAAGAUCAAAGACCUUUUAAGAUAUUACAUAUGCAGAGUGCAAGAAGUUCAUUGAAAUCAAAAAAAAGUACAUAUAAGAAAUCUUUAACAUGGGACAGCAAACUACAUAGUUCUAUUACAUAUUUUAAGGAAGAUUGCCCAUUUGAAUUAAUGAAAAAUGAUGAAUAUAUUUAA